AUGGCUCCCCACGCAGAUUCCGCCUCUUCUACCACGAAUGGUAUUGCCGGUAGCACACUCAAAGCCACCGCCACCACCUUCUCCCCAGUCACCACCAUUCCAGAAUCCAAGUAUCACUCAACAUCAUCCGAAUCUGCCAUUCACGAUGAACACGAAUACGCCGCACACAACUACCAUCCUCUGCCCAUAGUAUUCGCACGAGCAUCCGGAUCCAGCGUUUGGGAUCCAGAAGGAAAUCAUUACAUUGAUUUUCUAUCCGCUUACUCGGCCGUCAAUCAAGGACAUUGUCAUCCAGAACUAGUCGCAGCUCUUUGCGCACAAGCACAGCGUCUUACUCUCUCCAGCAGAGCAUUCCAUAAUGAUGUCUUUCCAAAAUGGGCUGAGAAGAUCAAGCAAGUCUUUGGAUAUGAGAUGGUUUUACCGAUGAAUACUGGAGCGGAGGCGGUUGAGACUGCUAUUAAGAUUGCUAGAAAGUGGGCAUAUAAAGUUAAGGGUGUUGAACAAGAUAAGGCUUUGAUCUUUGCUGCUGCGGAGAACUUUCACGGAAGAACUAUGACCGCAAUCUCCAUGUCCGUCGAUCCUGAAUCCCGCGAUAAUUAUGGUCCAUACGUUCCAGGUGUAGGUGCUGCAUGCCCAAUCACAAAGAGACCAAUCAGAUUCAACAAUGUUUCCGAUCUUGAAGUUGUCCUCGAAGCCCAUGGAAAGAAUACCGCUGCCUUCAUCGUCGAGCCUAUUCAAGGUGAAGCUGGUGUUGUCGUCCCAGAUGAUGAUUACCUCUCAAAGGUUCAUGCUCUCUGCAAGAAACAUAAUGUUCUCCUCAUCUGUGAUGAAAUCCAAACUGGUAUUGGUAGAACUGGACGUAUGCUUUGCUCAGAAUGGUCUGGUAUUAAGCCUGAUAUGGUUACACUUGGAAAGGCCAUUUCCGGUGGAAUGUACCCAGUCUCUUGCGUUCUCGGUUCCAAGGAAAUUAUGCUUACCGUCGAACCUGGAACUCAUGGUUCUACUUAUGGAGGUAACCCAUUGGGUUGUGCAGUUUCCAUUCGUGCUUUGGAAAUCAUGGAAGAAGAGAAGUUGACUGAGAGAGCCGAGAAAUUGGGUAAUGUUUUGAGAAAGGGAUUAGAGGAUUUGAAGAGUCCUAUGAUUAAGUUGGUUAGAGGAAAGGGAUUGUUGAAUGCUAUUGUCAUUGAUGAGACAAAGACUGGUGGUCACAGUGCUUGGGAUUUGUGUAUGUUGUUGAAGAGUAAGGGAUUACUUGCCAAACCAACUCACGAGAACAUCAUCCGUCUUGCCCCACCACUUGUCAUUAGUGAGGAGGAUAUUCAAAAGGCCCUCUCCAUUAUUGAGGAAGCCAUCAUUGAACUACCAAACCUCAAGGGCGAGGAGGAAGAUAAAGUCAUCCCAGCAGGCGAGAAGAAUGUUCAUAUCCCAUUGGAAAACUAA